AUCGUUAUUCAGCCGAAGUGAGGCAAGAUGGCGGAAAGUUCGGGCGAUGAAGACGGACUGGAGGAAAAUUUCGUGUUUUAUCACGAUCGUGAAGAAUGGAAAGAUAUCACUCCUGUUGAACAGGAUGAUGGACCUUAUCCAGUUGUGAGAAUUGCGUAUUCUGAUAAGUUCAAGGAUGUCUUUGACUACUUCAGGGCAGUUCUGUUGGCUGACGAGAGAAGUGAACGUGCUCUUGAGCUCACGGAAGACGCUAUCAGCCUUAAUCCAGCGAAUUACACAGUCUGGCAUUUCCGGAGAGUGCUGCUGAAAUCUCUGAAAAAAGACUUACAGCAAGAAUUACAGUUUAUAACUGAUGUCAUCAAAGAACAACCAAAAAAUUACCAAGUUUGGUAUCACAGAAAAGUCCUUAUUGAAUGGCUGAAAGAUCCCAGCAAUGAACUGAAGUUUACUGAGGAUAUUCUACAACUGGAUGCUAAAAACUAUCAUGCUUGGCAACAUCGACAGUGGGUCAUCAAAGAGUUUGGUUUAUGGGAGAAAGAGCUUGAUUAUGUUGACAAACUUUUAACUGAAGAUCUCCGCAAUAACUCUGCCUGGAAUCAAAGAUAUUUUGUAGUCUCCAAAACGACAGGCUUCACCAAAGAUAUUGUAGAUAGAGAAGUGGAACUCACAAUGAAUCUUAUUCAGAAAGUGCCAAAUAAUGAAAGCGCUUGGAAUUAUUUGAAAGGAGUUCUGGCCCCUACUGGUCUUAGUAAAUACCCUGGCCUGAAGGACACUUUGGUGGAAAUGUACAGUAAUGGAAUUGACUCUCUCUAUUUAAUGGCUACAUUGAUUGAUAUCUCUGAAGAAGAGCUCGAGGGUGGAGUCAGUGACCCAAACUGUUUGGAACAGGCUUUGGAGUUGUGCAAUAAACUUGCCACAGAUGCUGACUACAUCAGGAGAGAGUACUGGAAUUACAUCUCCCGCAGUCUGAAUAACAAAUAUGGACAACCACAAUGACACUAUUAAUAAUAAAUAAGAAUUUUAAUAGAUAAAUAGCAGCUAUAAAAUAAAGUUCAUUUAGUAAUUGCUUACAAUCUGGCAGUACCAAAACAAAUUACCAAGUAGUAGGUAGACGGAUUUCUUGUUUCACUCCUUUUUAAGUAGCCAAAAAAAAAAAAAAAAAGAAAAAAACAUCAGCAGAAAUUCAAGAUCUGUUUUCUCUUAGUCCAAUUUACAUCAGAUUUAGAGUAAGUGACCAUGUCUUUAGUUCUUAGAGGAAAAGCAAUGUACACAUUACUCUGUCAUAAAUUGAUUGUGCUGAAGAACUGGAAAACAAGGGAAACCUCAUUUGGUUAGAACUUGAAUUCCUUUGUUUAACAACUGCAUCACUAAGUGGAGGUUGGGUGCCUGAAACAUCCAGGAGCUUCCACUGUUGGUAGCCAGCUCCUAUAUGGAGACUUCUCCCAUGGCUGGCAAAUCCUGGCAACCCAGCCAUGAGUCCCCACACAGGAAAGGGAGACAGGCACCCAUCACACUGAAUAAACAGUGGAAAGAGGGAGGGAAGGGGUGGGGAAAACUGCCUGGAUGAUGAGCUGGCACUCCUCACAAUGCUGCAAGUUCACACUCAAAGCACAUGCAAGAAUGCCUCAAAUGAAGAGCACAUGGAACUCUCAUGCAUGCAUAUAUGCAAAAAACCACUGACUACUAGAGAAUGCUAAUGCUCUUUGUUGUUAACUCCGUUAAAUUGCAUUUAACUACAUCUAAUAUUUCAAUAGAAAAAACUGGUCGUGAUUUAAAUCUCCUUUUGGCCUGAAAUAUGCUCUAAGGUAGUAGAGAGAGAGAACAACUAACUUUGCAAACCUUUUAUUACUUAUACCAAACAAAAUUAUGUUCUUCUUGUCAAGUGCUGUAACAUAAUUUUAGAGAGAAAUAAAUGUUUCAUCUUUUCUAACAUUA